GGCCAUGGCUCACAGGCCCAGCCGCUCCGCGGCAUGUGGGAUCUUCCCGGAUCAGGGCACGAACCCAUGUCCCCUGCAUCGGCAGGCGGACUCUCAACCACUGCGCCACCAGGGAAGCCCUUAUGCUCCUUUUGAAUCCUUCCUGCCCCUCCAGUCUCCAGGCAACCACUGAUCUGCUUUCUGUCACUUAGAUUAGUUUGUAUUUUCUAGAAUUGUAUAUAAAUGGAAUCAUACUAUGUACUCUUUUAAAACAAUAUUUCUAAAUGAAAAUUUCAAACAUAAAAGGAGUAUAAUGAACUAAAGUAUAUCCAUUACCUAAAUUUAACAAUUAUAACAUUUUCACAUACUUGCUUCAAUUAUUUACUUUUUAAAAAUAGACUUUUUUUUUAUAGUAGUUUUAGGUUUACGGGAAAAUGGAGCAGAGUAGAGAGUGUUCCCAUAUAUUCCUUCUACCUCUGCACACAUUUCUCCCUAUUAACUUUUUGCAUGACUGUGGCACAUUUGUUACAAUUAAUGAACCGAUAUUGAUACAUUAUUAUUGACUAAAGUCCAUAGUUUACAUUAGGGUUCAUUCUUUGUGUUAUACAGUUCUAUGGGUUUUGACUGUAAUCUUUUUUUUUUUUUUUUUUGGUCUGGUUUAGUGUUAUUUUAAGGUUCAUUCAUGUUUUUGUAUGAUUCACGUUUUGGUUUCUUUUUAUUUCUUUUUUUCCACAUUUUGUUUAUCCAGUUGGGUUGUUUCCAGCUUGGAGCUAAUGUAAAGAAAGCUGCUAUGAGCAUUGAUGUGCACGUCUUUGAUGUGCAAGUCUUUGUGCAGAUGUUUGCUCUCAUUUCUCGUAGGUAAAUACCUAGGAAUAGAAUGACUGAGUCAUAUGGUAGAAGUAUGUUCAACUUUUUCAGAACUGGAAAGUUGUAUCAGUUUACAUUUCCACUAGCAGUGUAUGAGAGUUCUGGUUGCUCCACAUCUUGUCAACAUUUGGAAUGGGUGACUGGGAAUGUAAACAAGAAUAAGCUGUUUGUUUCCUGAUGGCUUUUAGCAUAUAUUGACAUACCAUUUGUGAUGGCAUCUGAGACUGAGAAGACCCAUGCUUUACUCCAGUCUUGUAGCACUGAAUCUCUUAUUUCCAGCCUUGGUCUGGGCAUUUUCUGCCUAGUAGCUGACAGACUUCUUCAGUUUUCCAUAAUUCAACGAAAUGACUGGCUUCGUGCACUCUCAGAUAAUUCAGUACAUGGCGUGAUUGGCAUGUGGUCAUGGGCAAUAGUCAUUGGAAUCAAGAAGAAGACUGACAUUGGAGAAAUCGUCUUAGCUGGAUUUUUAGCCUCUGUUAUUGAUAUAGACCACUUUUUUCUAGCUGGAUCCCUAUCUUUAAAGGCUGCUAUUACUCUUCCACGAAGACCUUUCCUUCACUGUUCUACUGUGAUACCCGCUGUGGUUCUGACCCUGAAGUUUACGAUGCACCUUUUCAAGCUCAAAGAUUCAUGGUGCUGUCUUCCCUGGAUGUUAUUUAUAUCCUGGACCUCACACCAUAUUCGAGAUGCAAUUCGCCAUGGCUUGUGGAUAUGCCCAUUUGGAGAAACUUCUCCUUUGCCAUUUUGGCUUUAUGUAAUAAUCACAUCAUCUUUACCUCACAUCUGUUCAUUUGUUAUGUAUUUCACAGGGACGAGCCAAGUGAUGUCUUCAAAACAUGGAAAUUAUAUUGAUGUCUGAGAUAACCAUAUGGCAGUCUUAAAGAACCAAUGGUUGAGAUAAUGACAGCCAACAUUAAAGUGAAUUUUAAAAACAUGUUAGGUACUUAUAUUAAUUAUAAGAUGUAUAAUGAAUACUAACAUUUCUUUAUUUCAUAUAUUUUGUUCCUGACUGAAGUUUAAUUUGCCAAGUGCUUUAGUGAGUUGUGAUUACUGGCAGAAACUGCUUUUGUGCACUUAUGUUAUAAUAUUCUUAAAAGACAGUAACAUUAGACCUAGGUUAUUGUUUCAGAAAUAACUUUAGGAAAUAAUUAUUAUAAUAUGUUGACUGUAGUAACAUUCUACCAAAGUAGUAUUUUUUCAUUAUCUUUGCCCUCAAAUCUCAUGUGUUGGAGUUUUAACUGUUUUGAAAAACAUAACUAAAUUUAACAAAAUAUUUGUUUAAAAUUAACAUUAACAAAAUAUUGAUACUUGACUCAUAACCAUAAAAUCCACAAAAAAGGACCUAACCAAUAAUGUCAUUUCAAAUGUAAACUCCUGAAUGUGCCAUUAAAAUUGUUUUAGUUGCUAUCAAUUUGUUUACAUACUAUUCUAAAAUAUUAUACCAGUUAAAUCAUUUUUUUAAAAUUUGCCUGAUACUAAGAGACAAAACAAUUUUUUUUCAAAAAAGUAGUUUUAGGAAAUUGACUUUUUCCUUUGUUCUUUCAGGUUAUCUUCUGUUAAAAAUGAUUAACCUUUAUUAGAGAAGGAAAAUUGAGUUGCUGUAAGUUUUACAUUUGCACAGUUUAAUAUACUUUGACAUAACAAUCAGUGCCCCAAAGGCACCUGUUUUUUGGUAGCAUUUGUACCAGCUGCUGUCUUCAGAUUUUCUUACACAUUUGUGUUUGUAAUGCUGGUGACUGUGUGCCUUAACCUCUGAGAAGUGAUGAAACAGUGCCUUAUCCAAAGUUAAACAGAGUUCUGUAAAUUGUUAUAAAGGGUCAGCCUCUUUACUUUUUGUUGUUAAGCAAUUGGUUGCAAUCUGUUAUAUUUUAUAAUUUAUUAGCUCUUACAAUGUAUUAUUGUCUUUUGAGAGCAAUUAUUGUCAAUUUAGUUGGUUUAAUAGUAAACAUUAUAUAGUGGGGGUAAAUUUGA